GUCUUGGCCACGUUCAGCACAGCCCCGGGGUGACGCGCAUCUCGGACGAAGUGAAACUCGGUACUUUAACUAACGACAGCAUGGACAAAGAUUUAAACCAAUUCACAAACGUUUCUCUCACAUUUUGCGACUCGGUUUUUGUUUCUGCCUAACACUACCUACACAUCCACGAUUAUUUCGUAAAUACCCAUCGUUCCAUCACUGAUUGUCUCGAGCGCAUAGAUCGCAUAGACGUUAUUAUUUGACUGCCUCUAUUUGCGCAAGCAACGACAAGAAUCACCGCCGCAUAGCUUGAAUCGGCCACAAUGUGUCUAAUAUUCACUUGUGGUGAACACACCUUCCGCAAGGAAGUCGAAGGUUACGAGGGCAUCACAUGCCAAUGCCACAACUGCGGAAACUGGGCUGGACAUGUCAUCAAGAGCAACCCUUGGUUUACCUUCUGUUUUGUCCCCAUCCUCCCCCUUUCCAUCCACGGCUACCACGAUGUCAUGUGCAAUAUCUGCAACUUUGCGCAACCGUUAGAGAACCGACCGGAUGUCCAGGCCAUGAAACGUGGAGAAGGAGGAGGCAAUAUACCGAUGCAGAACCAACCUCCUCCUCCGCAACCACAAGGCGGACCGCCACCAGGAUGGGGACAAGGGCCACCGCAAAACCAGGCGCCCAUGAGAUAUGGCUAGGCGAAGGAAGUGCCUGAAGGCUGUGACCCACAACUUAAAACGACGGAAUUUCGUGUUUGGUGCUUGAUAGGGAUGGGCUACAAGAAGAAGACGGGUUUAUUGCAUUCACGACGUGGCAUGAGAAUUGGAGUUCAAGGGAUUUUGUGCUAUUAAGAUAUCCUGCUCAAGGCGUUUUGAGAUGAUUGGCGGAUGAGAUGACGAAUUGGCUUUCGGAUAUCAGAGCUUGUUUUAUGAGAGUGCAACGUAUAACAUACGUUGAUCUACUUUACUUGGACGGUUCUAUUGAAAUUGCUGACAAGCAAUAUUAUAAUUCUUCAACCAUCUUCGAUUCCCGUUUUAUUAAGUGAUACUAGCCAUCACUCUAAGGCUAUAGGUUAUUAACGGCAUUUUCUACGUAAUUCGUAACUAUAUUAUAUCCGCGCCUAAAAAACGGUGCCGGAUCGGGGGACUCGGGACCUCAGCAUUUUGAUGAAUAUUAAGCAG